UGAAGAACAAGUUCUGGACUUUCUUCCAAAAAUGCCUGCACAUCCACUUCUGUUUACCCUCUUCGGAAACCAAAUUUAAUACAGCUUCUUCAAUGGCUAUCGUCAGAAGGUAAAAAUAUUCACAAAUAUUGUAAAUGUAAUGGAUUUCUUCUUUGAUCUUGAAAAUCCAUUGACGAGCUUCAGAGAGCAUCAAACCGAUACAGUUCCGUCUCUGUUCGCCGAUGAAUCUGUUCUCGUUCUUCACAAUUUUCCCGCCAAUUUUCGCCGGGAAGCGUUGACAGUUAUUACGAAGUUUUCUGAAAAUUUGGAUCCGUUCGUAGCUUAUCUCGCAAUUAAUUACAUGGAUCGAUUCUUCUCUACUCAAAAAAUUGUGAAUCAAGAGAAGCCUUGGAUCGUUGGGCUUGUGGCGAUUUCGUGCCUUUCUCUCGCUGUAAAAAUGAAGAUCGACGAUUUAGCUACUCCUAAGUUGCAGGGAUACGAAUGUUCAAUUUACGAUGCAAAAUCAAUUAGUCGAAUGGAGGUUCUGAUUCUCUCCUCUCUUAAAUGGCGAAUGCGAUCAAUUACACCAUUUUCGUUCCUCUAUUUCUUCCUUUCGUUGUUCCAGCUCCAAGAUCCAUGCUUAUCAAACGCUAUUAAAGAUCGAGCUUCACAGAUCUUAUUGAGAUCUCCUUAUGAAAAUAAGUUAUUAGAGUUUAGACCAUCAGUGAUUGCAGCAUCUGCUCUUCUUCAUGCAUCUCAAGAUCUCAUGCUUCCUCUUCAACAUUCUCAAUUCAAAGCUGCAAUUUCCUCUUGUAAAUAUCUAAACAAAGAAAGCUUGGAGGAAUGCUUAGGUGUAAUUCGGGACAUGGUAUCAGAUACAAGUGAGUUGAUUAGUGUUGUUGGCAAUCAAUGUACAAGCAACGAAAGCGAGAAUAGUACAAGCAUUAAGCGUAGAAAAUUGAACACGGGUUUUAGCAGUAAUCAAUGCAUCAUUCGAUUUUCAAAUGUUCAGAAUCGUUGAACUUGGUCAAAUUCGGAAUCUAUACUAUGCAUUUAGCAAUUAUAUAAAAUAGUUUUUGUACUUAUAAAUUAUCGAACUAUGAAAAUCAAAUGAGAUAUUAACGUAAUAUGUUAGAAAAUUUUAUUGUCGUAAUAACCGUUUUAUCAAGUGGUAUAUUUGCACACAUGGUGAACA